GGCCGCGGGUGGGGCCGCAGGCAGCGGGCGUCGUGGCUGUUCGGCGUGCACCUGAGAGCCGACGCCCGGGUCCUCGAAGCUGCGCCCGCCGCCGUCCCUUCCGCCAUGAACCGCUUCAAGGUGUCCAAGUUCCGGCACACGGAAGCCCGGCUGCCCCGCCGCGAGGCCUGGAUCAAUGACAUUCGGGCCGGAACCACCCCCUCGUGUGGGAACCAUAUCAAAUCAAGCUGCAGCUUGAUUGCGUUCAACUCCGACCGUCCAGGUGUGUUGGGCAUCGUGCCUCUGGAAGACCAAGGAGAGGACAAGAGACACGUGGCCCACCUGGGCUGCCAUUCAGGCCUGGUCACCGACUUGGACUUCUCUCCCUUUGAUGACUUCCUCCUGGCCACGGGCUCAGCUGACAGGACGGUGAAACUCUGGCGACUGCCAGCCCCUGGCCAGGCCCUGCCCUCAGUGCCUGGGGUGGUGCUGGAGGAGGACCUCCCAGUGGCAGUGCUGCAGUUCCACCCUGCCACGGAUGGCAUUCUGGUGAGCGCGGCGGGCACAGCCGCGAAGGUCUGGGAUGCAGCCAAGCAGCAGCCCCUUGCAGAGCUGGCAGACCACAGGGACCUGGUGCAGAGCGCUAUCUGGAGCCGGGACGGAGCCCUCGUGGGCACGGCAUGCAAGGACAAGCACCUGCGGAUCUUUGACCCCAGAGCAAAGCCACAGGCCUCUCAGAGCACACAGGCCCAUGAGAACAGCAGGGACAGCCGGCUGGCCUGGACAGACACCCAGGAGCAUCUUGUGUCCACUGGAUUCAACCAGAUGCGUGAGCGCGAAGUAAAGCUCUGGGACACCCGGCUCUUCUCCAGCGCGCUGGCCUCCCUCACCCUGGACACCUCGCCCGGGUCUCUGGUGCCCCUGCUGGACCCGGACUCCAGGCUGCUGGUGCUGGCAGGAAAGGGUGAGAGUCAGCUGUACUGCUACGAGGUGGCCCCGCAGCAGCCAGCACUGAGCCCAGUGACCCAGUGUGUCCUGGAGAGUGUGCUGCGGGGGGCAGCCCUUUUGCCCCGGCGGGCGCUGGCUGUCAUGGGCUGCGAGGUGCUCCGCAUCCUGCAGCUGAGUGACACAGCCAUCGUACCCAUCAGCUACCACGUGCCCCGCAAGGCUGUGGAGUUCCACGAGGACCUGUUCCCAGACACUGCGGGCUGUGUACCUGCCUGUGACUCCCACACCUGGUGGGCUGGGAGCAGCCAGCAGGUACAGAAGGUCAGCCUCAACCCCUCCUGCCGGCCCUGGCCCAGCUUCAUAUCCUGCCUGGUGCCCCCCAUGGAGCCCUCCACCAACAGAGCCCAGCCUCGGGAGCCACCUGUGGGUGACGCAGACCGGAGCACAGACCAGAGCGAGGGCUUCUCCUCGCCGCCCAGCUCGCUGACCUCGCCCUCCACGCCCUCCAGCGUGGGGCCCUCGCACUCCAGCACCAGUGGCAUUGGUACCAGCCCUAGCCAGCGGUCUCUGCAGAGCCUGCUGGGCCCCAGUUCCAAGUUCCGCCACACUCAGGGCACCGUUCUCCACCGAGACAGCCACAUCACCAACCUCAAGGGCCUCAACCUCACUACACCCGGCGAAAGCGAUGGCUUCUGUGCCAAUCAGCUGCGUGUGGCUGUGCCCCUGCUCAGCAGUGGUGGGCAGGUGGCAGUGCUUGAGCUGCGGAAGCCUGGCCGCCUGCCCGACACAGCGCUGCCCACGCUGCAGAACGGGGCAGCUGUGACUGAUCUGGCCUGGGACCCCUUUGACACCCACCGCCUUGCUGUGGCUGGUGAGGACGCCAGGAUCCGACUGUGGCGGGUGCCCCCAGAGGGCCUGGAGGAGGUGCUUACCACGCCUGAGGCUGUACUCACAGGCCACACAGAGAAGAUCUACUCCUUGCGUUUCCACCCGCUGGCAGCUGAUGUGCUGGCCUCCUCUUCCUACGAUCUCACCGUUCGCAUCUGGAACCUUCAGGCUGGAGCUGAGUGGCUGAAGCUGCAGGGCCACCAGGACCAAAUCUUUGGCCUGGCCUGGAGUCCCAACGGGCAGCAGCUGGCCACCAUCUGCAAGGAUGGGCGUGUGCGGGUCUACGAUCCCCGGAGUGGCCCUGAGCCCCUGCAGGAAGGCCCAGGGCCCGAGGGGGGCCGUGGAGCCCGCAUCGUCUGGGUGUGUGAUGGUCGCUGUCUGCUGGUGUCUGGCUUUGACAGCCGAAGUGAGCGCCAGCUGCUCCUGUACGCGGCCGAGGCCCUGGUGGGCGGCCCCUUGGCAGUGCUGGGCCUGGAUGUGGCCCCCUCGACCCUGCUGCCCAGCUACGACCCGGACACCGGCCUGGUGCUCCUUACCGGCAAGGGCGACACCCGGGUGUUCCUGUACGAGCUGCUCCCCGAGGCCCCUUUCUUCCUGGAGUGCAACAGCUUCACGUCUCCUGACCCCCACAAGGGCUUCGUCCUCCUGCCUAAGACGGAGUGUGACGUGCGGGAAGUGGAGUUUGCCCGAUGCCUGCGGCUGCGCCAAACCUCCCUGGAGCCCGUCGCCUUCCGGCUGCCCCGAGUCAGGAAAGAGUUCUUCCAGGAUGACGUGUUCCCAGACACGGCCGUGAGCUGGGAGCCGGCGCUCAGUGCCGAGGCCUGGCUGAAGGGUGCUAAUGGGCGGCCCCGGCUUCUCAGCCUGCAGCCGCCGGACAUGACCCCAGUGAGCCAAGCCCCGCGUGAGGCCCCUGCCCGGCGGGUCCCAUCCUCAGCACAGUACCUGGAAGAGAAGUCAGACCAGCAGAAGAAGGAAGAGCUGCUGAACGCCAUGGUGGCAAAGUUAGGGAACCGGGAGGACCCGCUCCCCCAGGACUCCUUCGAAGGUGUGGACGAGGACGAGUGGGACUAGCCUGCCUGCCAGCCGCCUCUGGCCUUGCCUGCCACUGCCACCUCCCAGGUGCUCCU